AUGGAUGUACCAGAGGGGAAUGGAAACCCUUUGGGCAAUGGACUCGGUCGAGCUAGGCAAACUCGACCGAUUGGUCAAGGAGAUGCUCCAAACCGCCACCAACAGAGACAAGGGAUUGUUCCACCACCAGUGCAGAACCACAACUUUGAGAUCAAGCUGGGAAUGAUCAACCUUGUCCAGAACAAGAUGUUCCAUGGAUUGCCAAGUGAAGACCCCAUUGACCACCUUGAUGAGUUUGAUAGGCUUUGUGAUUUGACAAAGAUCAAUGGUGUCUCUGAAGAUGCCAUCAAGCUGAGACUCUUUCCUAUGUCUCUAGCUGACAAAGCUCACCAAUGGGAGAAGAGCUUGCCCCAUGGCACAAUCACCACUUGGGAUGAAUGCAAGAAGGCCUUUCUUGCUAAGUUUUUCUCCACCGGUCGCACAGCCAAGCUUAGAGGAGAGAUAUCCAGCUUCAUCCAGCGAAACAAUGAGACAUUCGCAGAGGCUUGGGAGAGGUAUAGGGAGAUGCUAGACACAGCUAGCAAUGGGAACUUCCUCAACCAGGAUGUAGAUGAUGGCUGGCAACUUGUGGAGAACAUAGCUAACUCAAAUGGAAGCUAUGGAGAAGAGUAUGAUCGCACCAACCGGAGCUCGACCCACCACUCGAUCGAGUCAGACGAAAAGUUGAGAAAAGAUGUUAAGGCAUUGAAUGAGAAGUUGGAUAAGCUGAUCCUAGCUCAGUCCACAAUGAAGAAAGUCAACUUUGUGUCUGCUGAGGAGAUGGAACCAGUCCAAGAAGGGGAGGAUACACAAUUUGCUGAGGUGUGCUACAUGAGCAAUGGGCAAGGAGGUUACAACAAAGGAUACUAUAACUACAAGUCCAACCCUGCCAUGUCAUACCGCAACACUGAUGUUGCUAACCCUCAGGACCAAGUAUAUCCUCAACAACAAGCAGCUCGAUCGAGUCAGGUGCCACAACAUGGGUAUGGUCAAAAGAACAAUUACCAAGGACCACAAGGCACUUUCCCUGGACAACAAAUGAAUAUCCCACCAGGCUUCCCCCACCAACCGCCCCAGCCUGCACCUUCACAAGAGAAUGAGCUCAAGGCAAUGCUAAAGCAACUACUUCAAGGGCAAGCUGAUGGGGUAGUGGACACAAGCAAGAAGCUAGCUGAAAUAAACUCUAAGAUCGAGAACCUCAACACAAGGGUUUACUCUCUGGAGAAUCAUGCUUCUUCUGUUGCUGCUGCUACAAAGCAAGGACAACUACCUGGUAAAGCUAUUCAGAACCCCAAGGAACAGUGCAAGGUCAUCUUCACUCAAGAAGGACUUGUUGAAGAAGAGGAUCAAGAAAGGGUCAUUGAAGAUUUUUGUUUACUGCUGAAUGAUGAAGAGAUUGUUGCUGCUGAGGCUCCUGGAGUCCAGAUUGAUCAACCAGAAGUGCAUGCACCUACUGUGGCCAUUCACACUUCACCAGUUGAGCUCGCACGACAAGCUCGAUCGGCAGCUCGAUCGAGUCCAACUCUAGCUCGAUCGAGUCCGACCUCUUCUGUCCGACAGCCUGUUUUGCUUGAUCCUUACCAACCGGUUGCCGCUUCCUCGUCUCGCCUACUUAGUCAAGGAUGUUAUGCCAACAGUGAUAAAGUUUCAGAGGUCCUACAAGAGUCUACUCAUCAGUUCAACCUGCUUACUUCACCCACCUUCCUACCAAAGGUCAAGGAUCAAGGGAAAUUCACUCUCCCUUGCACACUUGGGCAUCUUGAGAUUGACAAUGCCUUAGUGGAUUCUGGAGCAAGCAUCAAUCUGAUCUCUCUCUCCAUGGCAGAGAAGCUAGGCAUAGCUGGAGCCUUGCAGCGCCUACAUCUGAUGUUAGUGUCUUGCAAAUGUGGCAGCAAGAUGGGCUAUUUGCUUCUCCGCUUCACUGAGGGUCGACCCUCGAGAAUAGAGUUGCUUUCAAACUCGGUGUUUCUGUCAAUCUUGUCUUCUACACUUGUUGUCUUCUUCAAAAAAGCACUGCAAAAAUCCAUGCAUUCUUCUGCAGGGUAUGACUCAGCUAUGCAACCUUCUGGUCUUGCUGGAUUUCUUACAAAGUCUUUCAAAACUUUCAUGUACCUGGAAGGAACACGGUAUUAG